AUGCACUUCACGAUCACUGUUCUUUCUGGUCUGGGUCUGUUUGCCCACCUCAGCGCGGCCGGCUACACGCUGCAAGCCGAUUAUGGCACCGAUGAUUCCUUCUUUAACGGGUUCGACUUCUAUACCGACAAGGAUCCCACGGACGGCUAUGUGAGCUAUGUCGAUCAGUCGACCGCUUCUACCAAUGGUCUCAUCAGCACCGGUAGCGGCUCGGUCUACAUUGGUGUAGAUCACUCCAACGCCGCCUCCUCCGGCCGCCAGAGUGUUCGUCUGCAGAGCACCCAGACCUAUACCCAUGGUCUGGUGAUCUUGGAUCUCGGGCACAUGCCCGGUAGUGUCUGUGGUACAUGGCCAUCCUUCUGGAUGCUCGGUAAUAACUGGCCCAACAAUGGCGAGAUUGAUAUCAUCGAGGGCGUCAGCACUGCAUCCACCAACCAAAUGGCCCUGCACACCAGCGACGGCUGCUCCAUCAACAACUCCGGCUUCAGCGGUUCCCUCACCACCAGCAACUGCUAUGUCGAGGCCUCCGGUCAGUCGCCCAACUCCGGCUGUGCCAUCCAGGGCUCCAGCACCCAGGGUUACGGUGACGGGUUCAACCAGGCUGGCGGCGGUGUCUACGCCACCGAGUGGACCAGUGAUGCCAUCAACAUUUACUUCUUCUCCAAUUCUAGCGUCCCAUCCGACAUCACCAGCGGUGAACCCGACCCCUCGGGCUGGGGUACUCCCGCCGCCAGCUUCACUGGAUGUGAUAUCGACUCUCACUUCAGCGAACUCCAAAUUGUCUUCGAUAUCACUUUCUGCGGUAAAUGGGCUGGCGACAUGUGGUCCUCAAGCUCCUGCUCUUCCUACGCUAGCACCUGCAACGACCACGUCGCCAACAAUCCUUCCGCCUUUGAGCAGACUUAUUGGGAAAUCAACUCCCUAAAGGUCUACCAGGAUAGCAGCUCCACCAAGCGUGACACUAUCCUCGAGCCUCUCGCCAAGGUGCCCAUCCCCGUCGAUGCCAACGAGUCCGUCGAGGAGCCCAAGGUGGAGCGUUCAGCUCCCUAUGUUCGCCCUGCUCCUCGCCCCGCCUGGAAGCAUCGCCGUAAUGCCUUCAAGCACGGCCACGGUCACAGCCACUAA